AACCGGACAAACUAUAAAGUCUUUCCUCAGGAAUGUGGAAUCAGAAUGAUACGAAAGACGGAAAGAGGAAGGGUGAAAAGGAUUGUGGGCGGUUCCCAGAGUUCUCAGGGAAAGUGGCCGUGGCAAGUAGCGAUAUAUUUUAAAGGUCAUCACUACUGCGGCGGCGCAGUCAUCUCUAACACAUGGAUAUUGACAGCCGCACAUUGUUUUAGUAAGUUUUUCUGCUUAGACAAAGCACAAUAGAAAAUAGCAUUUCUUCUAUAAAGUAGAAUAUUUUAGCAUCUAGCAGUUCCCAAGCUCAUCUCUUGGCGAUAGGUUAAACUUCUUUUUGAAGAUUAAGCUCAUUGUUCACUCCUGUUCAGAAGAUAUAUCUCCAGACCCAGUCUUUUUAUUACCUCCGUUAGAUCCGCACACGUCUUCUAAGCCGGAAGACUGGACCGCAGUUCUUGGAGAUCAUAGUCUUAAAGAAAGAGAUGAGCGCUUUGAGCAAAGACGAAAUAUUUUGAACAUAACGAUACACGAGGGGUACAGAUCCAUGUGGUAUGAAAAGAUCUACGACACACCACCACUGAAUGACGUUGGUAAGUGCAUACUUAAACACGAACCUCGUUUCCAGGGUAUUUCUUUCGUCAUUCAAAGCAAGUAACGUUUCCGCACGAUUCGUGAAUAAAACACUCUUGAUCCCUUUUAAAAUUCACUACAAGGAAAUUGAGUAGAGUCAAACCUCGUUAAUACGGACACUGAGGGGUACACAGAAAGUGUCCGUAUUAACGGGAUGUCCGUAUUAAGCGAGGUGAAUUUAGAAAAAAUGUAAGGGCUUUCUUUCCCCAGGGACAAAGUAAACUGUCAAUAUUAAUGAGGUGCCCAUAUUAAGCGGGUGUCCGUGAAGCGGGGGUUGACUAUGGAGUGUUUUCACUAACGUGGCCAGCAUCUAUGCAAAUUUAUUGGAACAAAAGAAAGCGUUUGCAUAAGAAAAGAGUUCAACUCCCACAGGACUGGUUUGGGACACCAACAUGGCCGCCGUUUUAUUGUUUUGGGACACCAAUAUGGCCGCCGUGAAGUCAUGUGAAAACACUCUAUAACAGCAAAAAGGCUUGUUCAAGGCUUGUUGGGUGUUCAAGGCUUGUAAGCGCUUAUUUUGAAUAAUGGAAAAUAAUUAUGAAGAUAUAGUAAUAGUAUUAACUGUUUUAAUAUAGGUUAAUAUAGGACCAGUUUAAAUGGACUGAAUAAAUUUAGCUGAUUAUGCUUUUAGACACGUAUCUCUCAAGAAAAACAUGUCGAUAUCUUUUCUGAGUCCCCAAAGUCGGUGUUAUGAGGAGUUAAGGCGUUAAAGGCGCCACCACAAGUUUGCACGCAGCAACAAAAAUUGCGAAAAACUGAAGAAAUCACAGUUUUUGCUAAAAUUACUAAAUUCAAGUGGUAAAGGAGGAAGAAGGUUGCCCAGCAAAAACUGUGAUUUCUGCGAUGAAAUUUGUGGAUUAAAUAACGAGGCGGCACGUAUAGUAGGUAACCGGCAAGAGACUAUAAAGGGGACAGAGAGGGCAUCCCCCAUAUACACCCUAUUCCAUAGGUAAUUCGUCUCGAGUUAUUUUUAGAAUCGGGAUAAAGUUACCUCGCACGAGGCGAGGAUGUUUCGUGGAGGUUUCGCAUUAUCAAACGCUGUGCAAAACAUGUCGGGCGAGAGGCAAUGAAAGCGUAAAAAGAUCGAGAGCAUUCCUGAAUAUUGAAGCGAAAUGAGUCGGCGCUCACCUAGGAAAAAGGAAUCGCUGGACUCUUUGACAACCCGUGGAAUCAGUGUAACUCGAAGUUGUCGUAACCUCAGUGCUUUAAUAAAAUGAGAAAUUUCGCCCGUCUAUUGAAACCGGUCGUUUGUACAAUUUAGGGAGUUUAAGAUCCAACGACGCGGACGACAACUAGAACGUCAAAAAAACAAUAGGUUUAAUUAGCAAAACAACGACUUCGCAUGUGCAACACACUUUUUUGUUCAUUUCUUUCCCGUUUUUGCACGAAUACGACUUGAAAAUGCCUAAUAUCGCGUUUUAUGGACGACGUAAAUAAGCAACGACGAAAUUUUAUUUCUCUUUCUGAGCUUGAAUAUGGUCCCUUGAAAUUCAGCUUUAAGAGGGUUCGCCUACAAUUGACAAAGUAAGUGGGUAGGAAUAAUCGCUAUAAAGACUGAAAAAAAUAAACAUCAAACCAGAAAUUGCUCUCUUCAAACUGUAAAUUAUAAAUGAUCCUCAGAGAAUAUUCAGUGUGUUAAGACUGUUAAUAUUCUUUUUUAAUUUCGGUUUCGUUCACAGCUUACGCAGAAAUCUCGCUGUAGUCGUUUUCGUCGACAAAAGGAAUAGCAAAAUCGCUCUCCGCGUCUUCCCCCAUUUUGUUCUGCGUCAUUUCGUGAAGGACGCGUGGCUCUCAGCGUGGGUCAUCCACGCGGAACACAUUCGUGCUAUGUGAUUGGCAGUUGUCUAAUCCCCCUUGAGAUCUGUGGUGUUAAAAAUAACUCGAGACGAAUUACCUAUGGAAUAGGGUGUAUAUGGGGGAUGCCCUCUCUGUCCCCUUUAUAGUCUCUCUCUGAAAGUAAAUGGAGUAUCAAUACCAAAUCCAACUGUGCUGUCGAACCAAUUUAAUAAUCACUUUGCUACUAUCGGUCCAGAACUUGCUAGCAAUAUUGAUUCCUCAAAUAGUGAUGGUUAUCAAAAGUACCUCACUGGCACAGAUAAACGGUUUCAGCUCCAUCCGACCAGUACAAAUAAAGUUCUCUCACUUUUGAAUCGUCUAAACAAGUCAAAGGCAGCUGGCCUUGACAAGAUAUCUGCUAGGCUCAUUCGGGAAUGUGCAGAUCUCAUUUGCAUUCCUAUCCGUGAUAUUUUUAACCAGUCAAUAAGUCAAGGCAUAUUUCCGGAUGACUGGAAAUGCGCAAAGGUCACCCCACUUUUUAAACAAGGCGAUCGGGACGACUUAAACAAUUAUCGUCCAAUUUCGGUGAUCUCAGUUAUGGCCAAGGUCUUUGAAAGAAUCGUCUAUGAUCAAUUAUAUGCCUACCUAGAAGAGCACAAUAUAAUCUGUAAAUAUCAAUCAGGCUUUCGCGCUAUUCACUCAACUGUCACGGCUCUCCUUGAGGCCACGGACACUUGGGCGUACAAUAUUGACCGCGGUAAAAUCAACGCCGUUGUUUUCUUAGAUCUCAAAAAGGCCUUCGACACAGUUGACCAUGAGAUCCUUUUAUCAAAAUUAAGCAAUUACGGCAUAUAUGGUAACGCGCACCAAUGGUUUAAGUCGUAUUUAGAGAAUCGUACUCAAAUGUGCUCCAUCAACGGAUCGCUCUCUCAAAGCUGUUUAUUAAGUUGUGGUGUACCCCAGGGACGAUUUUAGGUCCAUUAUUAUUUCUGUUAUACAUCAACGAUCUUCCAAACUGUCUUUCAAACUGUGAGCCGAGGAUGUACGCUGAUGACACCCACCUUACGUACGCAGGUGAUAAUGCAGACAAUAUUCAGUUGCAUCUAAAUCAAGAUUUAGAAAAUGUUCACAAUUGGCUGAGAGCAAACAAACUUACUCUAAAUAUGACUAAAACCGAAUUUAUGCUUAUCGGAUCUAGGCAGAGGCUAAGUACUCUCACAGAGUCCCCGACAUUUGCAAUUAAUGAUUUUGAAGUUAGCCAGGUCACUACUGCAAAAUCACUUGGAGUGACCAUCGAUGACAGACUUGAUUGGAGUGGCCAUAUCGAGAAAGUAACAAAGAAAGUCGCUUCUGGUAUUGGGGCCAUAAAACGAAUAAGGCACCUUGUCCCUCAGGCGACCUUACAACUAAUAUAUCAAGCUUUAAUACAGCCACACUUUGAUUAUUGCAACAUUGUUUGGGGAAACUGUGGGAUAACCUUACGGAAUAAGGUUCAAAAGCUACAAAACAGAGCAGCCCGUGUUUUGACCUACUCAAGCUAUGACGUAGAUGCUGGUCACCUUUUCAAACUUCUAGGGUGGAAAAACCUAGCUUGCCAGCAACAAUUUCAAAGAGCUACGAUGGUUUACAGGUCUCUGCACGGGUUGGCUCCAAACUAUCUUAGUUCUAAAUUUGAAAGGCGAGAAGUCGCAUAUAACCUAAGGGACUCUGAAAAUAAACUCAAUAUUCCAUUACCGCGCACAAACUAUUACAAAAACAGCUUCAGCUAUAGUGGCGCCAUUCUCUGGAACAGUCUUCCUUGUAACUUAAGGGAAGCAGAGUCCCUUGGGCAAUUUAAACGAUUACUCAAAGAACUGUAAGGCACGGCAUUCGUGGAAAGCAGCUUUUUUAUUUAAAUAUUUUUAUUAUAUUAGUAUUAGGCAUUUUUAAAGCUGACGAAUUUUGUACCGUGAAUAAAUAAAGAUUAUCUAUCUAUCUUAUCUAUCUAUCUAUAUCUAUCUAUCUAUCUAUCUUGGUAACCGGUCAUUUCGAAUUCGACCCGGUUACUCAGCCCCCUAUUUUCGAGUCAUUUGGCGGGCUUCAAAUGUAAUGUUCCUCGUUCUUUAAGCUAUAAACUACACUUAAGUGAUCUUGAACACGAAAAAAAGUGAUCUUUAACAUGACAAAGAACUGCGAGAAAUUACAAGUAACGCGAAAAAUCGUCAGACUGGCGAUUUUUUGCAAUUUUCGCAAAUUUUGUUAAAUCCGCAACUCGGUCUGGUUUAGUGUUUAUUAACAUGACAAAGAACUGCGAAAAAUCACGAGUAACGCUGAAAAUCGUCAGACUUGCGAUUUUUCGCAACACACGAAAAAUCGCAAUUUUUGCUGCUGCGUGCAAACCUGGACAUAAGUGACUUUGAAUUGUCACAAAUUGCAGAAUAUGAAAAUUGUAGUAAGAGCGGCGACAUAAAUGUUGUUUGUUCGUGCCUUGUUUCUGGACUGUUAACAAUGCAAAUACAAUAAAAAACUUAAGUUAACCACGCAACUUUUAGGAGCAUAGUACAGCAUAAUCACUCAUCAAAACACGCCUGUGUUAACACUAAGUAAUUAAGUAAAUGAAUGAAUAAAUAAUUGAAUAACUAAAUAUACUAAAAAUAAUAAAUAAAUAAAUCAGUGCGGCGACACUAUUUUGGCCUUAAGGUACCCAUUUAGUUACUGUUUGGUUGACAAAUGAAUUAGACUUGGAAAGUAAAUCUGAUUUGCGUUGCAUUGAAUUUCAGCAAUUAUGAAGCUCGACAAAGCACUUGUAUUCAACACUUACGUGCAACCACUGUGCUUGCCUCGACCUCAUGAUGUCUUCGCGCCAAAUGAGGAAUGUUAUGUGGCAGGCUGGGGUCAUACUGAGUGGAAUGGUACCCAACCGGACAUUUUACGCGAGGCUAAAGUAAGAAUCGUAUCACGUGACGUUUGUAACCAGGAAAAAUCCUACAACGGGACCAUUCACAACACUGCUAUGUGUGCGGGAUAUCCCGAGGGAGGAACAGACGCUUGUGACUACGACAGCGGAGGUCCGCUGGUUUGUUCGAAAUGCGGGCGCUAUUACGCAGCUGGGCUGGUUUGUUGGGGUGAUCAGUGCGCUUUACCGUACAAAUAUGGCGUCUAUUCUAAUUUGACGGUACUCACUCCGUGGAUCACAGAAAGAAUCAGCACGUUUGAAAGAGACAAGGUUGCCUUAAGUGUCUUCCAGGGAUAA